UCACGCUAAAGCGUGAAAAAUCCAAUCAGGUUGCCUGGACUCUAGGUUGUUGUAUGGAGGAGCCGGGCUCCCAUUGCUCAGUCCUCGGCAGCCGGGGAGGAAGAGAGAAAAAGAUAGGCCAAUCUGCCUCGGGGAAGGCGGGUCCUAUGGCGGACGAAAGGGAGCGGAAGCCCUAAAGGGUCAAAAGCAUUCAAAAAGCAAAGUCGGAGGGGAAAAGUGAGGCCUAGGUGGCGGUUGAGGAGGGUGGUCGCUACUGAGGGGGUCUCGGCUGAGGUGUGCAGGCUGUUUCAUUAUGGAUGGAGGAGAUGAUGGUAAUCUUGUUAUCAAAAAGAGAUUUGUGUCUGAGACAGAAUUAGAUGAACGACGUAAAAAGAGACAGGAAGAAUGGGAAAAAGUUCGAAAACCUGAGGAUCCAGAAGAAUGUCCUGAGGAGGUAUAUGAUCCUCGAUCCCUAUAUGAAAGACUCCAGGAGCAAAAAGACAAGAAGCAGCAGGAAUAUGAGGAACAGUUCAAAUUCAAAAACAUGGUAAGAGGUUUAAAUGAAGAUGAGACAAACUUCCUUGAUGAGGUUUCUCGGCAGCAAGAGUUAAUAGAAAAACAACGGAGGGAAGAAGAACUGAAAGAACUGAAGGAGUACAGAAGCACUCUUGCCAAAGUUGGAGUAUCUUCAGAUACCAAAAAAGAGGGGGAGAAGAAAUUGUCUGUGAAGCCAUUAGAAACCAAGAACAAGUUUUCUCAGGCGAAGCUGCUGGCAGGAGCUGUAAAGCACAAAAGUUCAGAGGGCAGCAACAAUGUGAAAAGGCUGAAACUGGACACUGAACAAGAUGAUCAGAAUCAAGGUACCAGAUUCCUGAAGCACAGCUCUGGCCGUGUUACUGCUCUGCCCAACACUCCAUCAUGUGUGCCACUUGGAAGCAGUUCCUUGAGUGGUUCUACCAUUCACUGCCCCUCUGCUGCUGUCUGCAUUGGGAUCCUUCCAGGCCUAGGAGCCUACUCUGGAAGCAGUGAUUCUGAGUCCAGCUCAGACAGUGAAGGCACCAUUAACUCUACUGGAAAGAUUGUGUCCUCGGUUUUCCGCACCAACACUUUCCUCGAGGCUCCGUAAUUCCUUCUGCCCAUGAUUCCAUUGCAGGAGGCUCCUCCCCCAUGGGGUGGUCUGGACACUUCGUUUUGCCCUUGGGCAUUACCUUCCUUGAAAACCUCCUUUGCCUGCUUCCUGUGCACACAGCUACGUCUUUAACUUAGUCUAAGAAUAUGCUAGAAUCCUAGCUGUGGGAGCUAGAUGUUUUGUUUUUGUUUCCUACUCUUGGUACAGGGGACUGUACCUGUUGUGUUGUCUUUUCACUCUACUCAGCUGGGUAAGGGGCAGGGCAAGUGAGAAACCUGCUGAAAGCAUCUCCUUGAACAGAAGACAUCUGCUGGUUUGCUGAGGGUUUGGUUAUUUUUUUCCCUCUCCAGCAGAACUAAGGCAAAGACAGUUAUUGAACAGUUAUUGUUUGAAUAUUCUGUUAAGGCCAAUUUUACAGCAUCAUUUUGUUACACUGCAUUUUGGAGUGUUAGGAGGAAGAGAACUGAUCCAGGUGAUGAUAUGGAGAACUUUCCUGACACUAACCAAUUCCUGAUGUCGUGUAGCUAAAUAAAGAUUCUCAAUUCAUAUCUGUA